CGCCGGCCGGGCCGCUAAUGCGCAUGGGCGGGCGUCCGCGGUUCCAACUGCCGCCAGUUUCCACAAGCUGGGAGGGCAGUUACCUGAGAGAUACCAGUGGCCAGCAUGUCGGUUGAAAAAGCUUCCCGGAAGGGAGACGAAGAGAAAGGAGAGGAGCAGCUCGUGGUCAUCCCCAGUAGCGAGUACGCGGCGAAGCCGGCGGCGGCGGAGGGAGCGCCGAUGAAGAUGGAUGUGACGGUGAGGGUCACGGGCUGCUCCGACGACCUCAGCUCUGGGGAGGCCGACCUAGACCCAAAACUCCUGGAGCUCACCGCUGACGAGGAGAAGUGCCGCAGCAUCCGCAAGCAGUACCGGCAGCUCAUGUACUGCGUGCGGCAGAACCGGGAGGACAUCGUGAACUCGGCGAACAACUCCUUGACCGAGGCUCUGGAGGAAGCCAAUGUCCUGUUUGAUGGAGUGAGCCGAACCAGAGAAGCAGCCCUCGACGCCCAGUUUCUUGUGAUGGCUUCUGACUUGGGUAAAGAAAAGGCAAAGCAGUUAAACUCUGACCUGAACUUCUUUAAUCAGUUAGCAUUUUGUGACUUUCUGUUGCUGUUUGGGGGUCUGAAUUGGAUGGAAGGCGAGCCUGACGACUUGAGUGAUUGUGAUGAUAACAUAGCUCUUUCCUUCUGGAAGGCAAUGGAAAAGGAAGCAACAUCCUGGAUGGUAAAAGCUGAGACAUUCCAUUUUGUUUUUGGUUCAUUCAAACUAGAACCUUCUGCACCAAAGCCCCGACUUGAACACCAGAAAAAAGUUCGCAAGAUGGAAGAAAAUGGGAAUAUGCCUACAAAGUUGCGGAAGUUGGACCUGAGUAGUUAUCCAGAAGCGACAGAAAAAAACAUAGAAAGGAUUUUGGGAUUGUUGCAAACCUACUUUCGAAAGUAUCCUGAUACUCCUGUGUCCUAUUUUGAGUUUGUGAUUGAUCCAAACUCUUUUUCUCGUACUGUGGAGAAUAUAUUUUAUGUUUCUUUUAUUGUAAGAGAUGGUUUUGCAAGAAUAAGGCUUGAUGAAGACAGGCUGCCAAUAUUAGAGCCGAUGAAUGUUAACCAAAUGGGUGAGGGAAAUGAUUCCAGUUGCCAUGGCAGGAAACAGGGAGUCAUAUCUUUGACUUUACAGGAGUGGAAAAACAUUGUGGCAGCUUUUGAAAUUUCUGAGGCCAUGAUUACAUACUCCUCAUACUAAAGAUUUCUUAGUAUAGGAUCCUUUUUGUGUUUUUUUCUGAAGUUAUCUCAAAUGGAGAGUAAAAUGUAAACUGAAGCACGUAUUGUAUGUCUUGUAAAGUGAAAAAGUAUCUUCAAGAACAUCAGACAUUGUUUUACUGUGCAGCGUAUUUUUCUUAGUAAUUUAUAAGGUCAUGAUCUUCUGUUAUUACAAAAAAUUCGUUGGCAUAUUUAUGGGAGUGUUUUAUUGAAUGCCCUUUAAGACUGUUAAUAAAAACACGUUUUGGAUACCAAA